AUGGAGGAUGAUGAAUUACCAUCGGAAUCUACAUCACGUCCAUCGUUCCGUCGAAAUGCUCACAAAAAAAUGGUGUCUGCGAAUGCAAAUACUGCUAUGGAUUCAUCUUCAGAAACUCGAACAAAAAAAGAUAAACUAACAUCAACAACAACAAAACACGUUAUCAAAUCAACAAAACAAUCCAAUUCAAGAAAGAAAAAGUCCAUUAUUCGUCCAAUGCCCAAACCCAGAAGAUUAGCAACAACUGUUGAUCAAUUAGAUAGUACAGAUGAUGAUAUGCAUGACGAUCAUGAUCGAACAACAACAGAACAAUCAGGUUUAAAUAAUUCUAAUGCACACGAAAUUAAUGAUGAGGAUAAAGAAACAGGUGUUGAACUUAAUCGUUCAUUUGCUAGUGGUGAAACCACUAACGAUGAACCAGAUGAACAUCAAAAGAAUGUGAAGAAAACUACAACAAAAUCGAAGCAAGAUGUAUUGCAAUACUUCGUGGGACAAGAUUCUGGAGAAUUAAAAUGUAUUUUAUGUUCGGAUUCUUUGAAACUAUUUCCAGCAAAAAGUGCAUCAUCAGAUUCAAAUUUACGAAGUCAUUUAGGACAUAUUCAUAAACUUGAAGAGUUUCUUUAUCCUUCUCAGCGAAAUCAAAAACCAUUAAAAGAACAAAAAAUAUCUCUUCAACAUAAAAAAAAUCUAGAUUUAGCUGCUAUAAAUGCAAUUAUACAAGAUUCUCAUGUCUUUAGUCUCUUUCGAAAACCUGGCAUGCAAAAGUUUCUGUCAUUGGCUACACCUGGUUAUCAUGGUCCAAAUAGACGAACAGUUGUUAAACGUUUAAAAUCUAUGUAUAAACAACGUCGAUCAUCAAUUCAACAAGAAUUAUCUAUUAUUUCCGAUAUUGCUUUAUCAGUCGAUCUUUGGCAAAGUGUUCGUCGUGCCCAUUUCAUAUGUUUAUCUGCUCAUUAUUAUGAUAAACACUACAAACCACAUUCUAGUAUUAUUGCAUUUCGAAGAUUCAUUGGCACUCAUUCUGGUGAUCGACUUGAAGAUUUUAUAAUUAAUGAAAUGGAAAAGCUUGGUAUACAAUCAAAAAUAUGUUCUUUAACAACAGAUAAUGGAAGUGAUAUACGAUUAGCAUCACAAAACAAAUCAAAAUUUGGAAUAAGAAUUUCUUGUUUCUUACACAUUUUAAACUUGGUUGUUCGUAAUGGACUUUGGUUCUUUGAUAUGCCAGUAAAAAAAAGGUAG